AUGCACCUUCAGAAGACGCACGUGGAGGACCGGUACUUGGUUCGAUUCCUCGAGACGGUCCAGCUGAAGGUGAAAGCGUACCUGAGGUACAUCUUCGAUCGUCGCCGCAUUCACGCGAAGGAGGCGGCCCUGAUAAACUUCCUCCCAGACCAGCUGAAAGGCCAAAUCCGCCGAUCUCAGGUGCGCAUGUACUUAGAGAGGAUACCUCUGAUGCGGGAGCUGGAGAGAGACAGCAUCGAGAAGAUAUGCGACGCGGCAGAGACCUUCGACCUUAUGCAAGGAGAUGCCGUUAGCAACGCAGGCACCGUGGCGGAUGCAGCUUGGGUGUUGGUCUCUGGCCGCUUGAGGGUUACCAAGCGCUUGGUGGGGCAGACCGAGAGCCUGAACACGAAUGCCAGCAUUGUCUCACCCCUGAUCGUGGAUGAGCAUUGCCUCGAAGAAGAUGGCCCGGUGCUGUCCAGGUGUACAACUCUCGCCGCCGAGAGUUCUGAGCUCAUCCGAGUGGGCAAAGAGCACUUUUUCCAAUCGAUCUCUGUCAACCGAAGGAAGAGUCUCAACCUCCGCGGCACCGCGCUGUACGCUGUGAACCACCACCAGUCGAUGGGCAGCUUCGAUCAGGCCUCGACGCCUUCGGGUGCAAGGGGGCGACGUGGGUCGACUGUUACGGUCUCACAUGCUGUUCAAGCAGCUGCCGUCAUCUCCUCUUCGUGA